CACCAACAACAGCAACACGAUCAAAGCAGAGCUCUUAUAACAGCUGGGCUGUUCUGUUCGGGUCGCAUUCUGCUGAUAUCCUCGCUGGCUUUAGAAGAUGGGUCUCGCUGCAGCAGUGCUCUGGCUGUCGGCGGCGGCGGCGGCUCGCGCGCUGGUCGUCCCCCCGCUGCGCCUCGACGGGAACGAGAGUCACACGGACGUGAUUUUGAUGCGCCAGGAAGUCAUAUUGGAGGAGAUGGUGAUGCUGCUGACUGAAAUCCGGGACACCUUGGUCGACCGGCGCAGAGUGACUGACGAAGCUCCUCGGGACAGAGUGACUGAUGAACCACUUCGGCCCAGCGUGACUGACGCUCCUCGGAGCACCACUACCACGGCUAAAACCAGUAAUGCCCCGCCCACGUGUCCAGACAAGUUCCAAGAGGUGGACGGAGUCUGCUUGCAUCUUGCAAGUUCCAAGCAGAUGUCGUGGGACGAGGCUCGCGUUUACUGCCAGCGCCUGGGGGGAGACCUGGUCCACGGCCUCCGGAACGCGGAAGCCGGACAAAGCCUCGUUCGGGACAAGUAUCUUGCCGGAGAGUCAGUCGUGUGGGUCGGCGGUCAUGACAGGAGCUCAGAGGGUCGCUGGGAGUGGCUGUCGGGUGACGCAAUUCCAAUGGAUUCCACCUUAUGGGGUAUAUUCCUGAUAAUGAAGCAGCCGAGCGGUGGCAAAAGCGAAAACUGCGGUUGCUUCUACGGCCCGGAUGAAUACCAGCUUCAUGACAUCCCGUGUAACAGACAGUACGAACCGCUGUGUCAAGUCGAUCACAGGAAUGGUUAGGGAAAGGGUGAGCGAAGGAGGGAGAAAGGGAGAGGCAAGCUGAGGGAGGAGGUGGGAAGAAGGGAAGAGGAGUGGAGGGAAAGGGAGGGGAGAAAGAAGAGGUUGAGGGAGAAGGAGGGAGGAAGGGAGGAAGAGAGAGAUAGAUAGAUAGAUAGAUAGACAGACAGACAGACAGACAGACAGACAGACAGACAGACAGACAGACAGACAGACAGAUAGAUAGAUAGAUAGAUAGACAGAGAGAGAGAGAAAGAGAGAGAGAGAAAGAGAGAGAGAGAGAGAGGUGGGAAGGAAAAGAAGAAAAUAUAACUUAGUGUUUCUACAAUUUCUGUUCAUUUUUAUUAUUGCUACUACUGCAUUGCUGUUGCCAUAAUAAUUCUGCAUUGUCCAAUAUACAGCUUUGUCCUUUUUUUAAUAGGAUUGUAGCAUUAAUAUCGUCGCACAUGCAGAUCUCUAUAUAUCCUUAGGCUUAUAAAAAUUGCCAUACAGUAUAUACAUGUAUAGGAGAUAUACUCGCUAUAAUAUACGUUUGUUUAUUUUUUUUCACUCCCGGCGAUUUCUACUUAUAAAAGGAGCUCAAGUGAAUAAAACACAUGAUAGAAA